AUGGAGGAACUUUAAGUUAAUUUUAACAACGAAUUAAUUGAAAGCAAUAAUUAUGAUAUCCAUAAGAUAUGCGUUCAAAUUAUUCAAGAGAUUUUCAAACAAGUUGACAAUAAUCGAAGUUCAGAGAACAAACAAAAGAUUUCAUAGUAAUUUUAAAAUGUCAUCUCUUAAAUUGAAGUUCUUUUGUAAGAUCUUAAUAAUAAAAUUAGCUUAGAAGUGGAAGAGAAAAUCUUUUAAAUUAUAUAUCUGUUUUGUAUAAACAUCUUUAAAUUUCAUGAUACUGUGUAAAAGUUCUAAUACUCUUAUUCGGUAAUACCUGUUUUGUAAAUUGGUUACGAAGGGAUGAAAAAUCCUGAUAAAAUAAAGAUAGAUAGUCUAUUAUAAGAAAUUUUCUAAUUUUAUCAAACUUAAUAGCAUUUAAAUACAUAUGAUAAAAAAGCUUAACAUGGCGCAAAACUCAUAGCAGCAUAUUUUAAUAUUUAAUAAUAAAAAUAUAAUCCCUCGUUAAAGAUUCUAGAAACUCUUGAGAGUCAUUAUGAAAUAGAAGGUGAAGAAGUUAUCAAAAAAAGAUAAAAAUUAGAUAGCUGUUGUGUUAGUGAUUAACAAUGGGAUAAUUAAAAAAAUUAAAUCUUUAGACAAGGAUUUUAUGAGUCAAUUAUAACAUUCAAAGCUUUAAAUUAUGUGUUUCAAAAUAAAAUAAAUGAGCUAACUCUUGAAAUAGAGAAAUUAGAAAACAUUUUAUCAGAUGUAUAUGAUGAGAGAAUGAGUUAGAGACUUAUUAGGCACAUAAAACUAUUUAAAACCCAUUAAUUCUUUAUGCAAAAAUAGUUUGAUCAGGCUAAAGCGACACUUGGCGACCUUAAGUUUGGAGAGAUAGAAGAGGCACUACUCCUGUUCUUUAAUAAUUAAAAUAUUUAGUGUAUUAGAAAUUUGGAGACUAUCUAUUAUAACUUGUUUAGUGACUAGUUUUUUAAAAUAUUUACUUUACUGCAAGAAAUUGAACGUAAGUAAAUUUCUUAAUAUGAUAUCUAAGAAAUUAAUAAGAUUUAUCAAGAGACUUAAAAGUAAGGCCUUAAUUACGAGUACGGCAAAGGACUCAUUCUAUUAUUUAUGGUUAUUUGCUCCCGUCUCUUGAGGAUAGGAAAAAAAUAUAAAGAAUCUUAAGACAUGAUGGUAAAAAUGUUUUAAACUUGUCAAGCAACAAAAACUCAAUUCUAAGACUCACUUCUAAUAUUUUUUAAAUAUGAUCAUCUCCUUUCAUACCUGUAUGAAAAAGUGGAAAAUAAAAAGAAAGAUAUGUUUACAGAUGUAAAAAAAAUAAAUGGUACUAAAAUGAGCGAGAUAUAUUCAGCCAAAAAAGAUGGAGUCGAUUUCAUUUUAAAAACGAUAAAUUUGGAAUCUGAAUCUAGUAAGAUGAGCAAAUUCGAUAUUUUAAAUGAGAUAGCUAUUUAGAUGCUAGUUUCUCAUCGCAAUAUCCUGAAGGUUUAUGACUUGUACUAAAAUGAAAAAGGAAAAAUAGUGCUAGUUCAAAAAAGAUUAGGUGAAAACUUGAGAGAGUACUUAAAAAAAAAGAUUGAUGGUUCAUAUAUCUGCUAGAAUAAGAGAUAUGGCUAUAUACUUUAAAUCAUAAAUGUAUUUUAAUAUUUGCAUAAUCUGAAUAUUAUUCAUUGUGAUCUAAAGUUAGAUAACAUAUUAGUUUAACCAAAUGAUGAUUCAAAGAUCAAGCUAAUAGAUUUUGGAUUUUCCUAAAUAAAGCUAUUUAAUAAAUAUUUUAAGCCUAUAGGAACUACUUUCUAUCUUGCUCCAAGCGAGUUAAAAAAAAAUAAUUAACUUUGUACUUUUGAAUCGGAAAUUUACAUGAUAGCAAAAACAAUGAUCGAAAUACUCGAAUUAAACGAAACAAAUUUAGAGAAUCCUAAGUUUUUAAUAUCAUAGUAAUUGAAAUAGCUAAUAAGAAAUAUGACUGAAAAAAAGAUAGAGGAAAGAUGUGUGAUGAGUGAUGUCUUAUAGAUUUUUAAGUUAGACUUUUUUAUUUUAAAAAUUUAUUUUGGAAUGAAAUAAGGGGAAACAAAUUAAGAAGAAUAUGAAUGCUUUAGCUAAUACAUGCUAAAAUUGUUCAAAGAAUUUAUCUCAGAUAAAUAUAUGAUCUGUUUAUCUAAUUAAAAUAAAGCAGAGACAAGCAAUAUUAAAAAUCAAAAUUGUAAAGAUGAAAAAGAAUAAAGAGAUAUUUGGGAUUCUAUUAUAAGAUUAAUGUAAUCAAAUGAUGAAGAUUUUAUAACUUGUCUUUAAGAUAAUGACAUCAAGCUUUUUUGUCAAAGUUUUGUUCCUAAAGAUUCUGAUUUAAAGGAAAUAGACUUUGAUGAAUAAAUAUAGCAAAUUACAAAAAAUUAAAAACAAGAGGACGCAAAUUCAAAGAAUGAUAUACUUAAUGAAUAUCAAAAAGAUAUUAUAGAUAGAACAAAUUUUACCAGUAAUCAUACUAAUGAAGGAUAAGAUAUCAAAGGUGAAUUACAAAAUAUUCAAUAAGAUGUAUAUAAAUAGAUGAACUAAAUUAUUUAAGGACUCUAAAAAAACUUUUAAGGACAAACUUAGACAGAAAACAGUUAAUUAUAUUGUUAAUCUAGCUUAAAUGAAUCAAAACUAUUAUCUGAAUAUUAAGUCAAAGUUUUAGAUAUUGGUAAUUUAUCAGGCUAAGUUAGCAUUUAACAAUUAAGUUAACUAAGUAAUGGAGUUAAUAGCCAUUACAAUCAAUCUAAUGCAAGCUUUAAUAGAUAGCUUGAAAAUUCUAACUUUUAUGGAAAUUAGUAUUAAUAAUAUUAAUUAAGUUAAAUUUCUUAAUCCAAUUAGAUGUUGUUAAAUAACAACAUUAAUAGAGAUAAUAAUAUGCAAUCUUAUAUUCUAGUUUAAUAUUCUCAUCAAAGUAGUGAUAUAGGAACUGGUUAGUCCUCAAUAUAACUUUAAGAAUAAAAUUUAGAACAAUAAUAAGAAUCUGAAUAUAACUGA